CCAAACCCGGCCACUGAAACAUUCUCACUCGUCCCCGCGAGCGGAUUGCGUUCCCCCCAACCCCGCCACUGGCACGCGUGAGGCGCGGGCGAGAUGGCGGCGGCGGACUGGAAGGAGGAGCGUUCGGCGAUGGAGGACGGAGACAUCGAGGACUGCUUGGACGACGACAAGGCGGAGGCGGAGGCGGAGGCGGGCUCGCUGGACUCCCAGCGGUGGCCGCGGAGCUUCCGGGAAGCGACUGACACCUUCACCAUUGCUGCGCCUCCGGGCUUUGGUCACCUGGGCGACGGCAGGGGACUGGGCUCUGACCUGACGCUGCCUCUUCUGUCGGACAAGCCAGACGGGAAGCAAGAUUCAUCAGUCAAGAACUUGCUAUGUGACGGGAAGCUCUCAGAUAAUCUGCACCAGGCUGCAACAGCCCCAAUAUCUCAGGGAUGCAGCCUAACACAAACUGUGUUCAAUGGGGUCAACGUGCUUGCUGGUAUUGGCAUUUUCUCGGCUCCAUACACGAUUAGUGAGGCAGGAUGGGCCAGCCUAGCGGUUCUGGCUUUUUUCGCUAUUGUUUGCUGCUACACUGGGGUUCUUCUCAAGUAUUGUUUUGAGAGCAAAGAUGGUGUUAAAACCUUUCCAGACAUUGGAGAGGCUGCCUUUGGGAGGAUCGGUCGCCUUCUCAUCUCUAUUGUUCUGUAUACAGAGUUAUACUCCUUUUGUGUGGAGUUCAUUAACCUGGAAGGUGAUAAUCUAGCAUCAAUAUUCACAAGCACCACUUUCGAUUGGCAUGGCAUUCAUGCUGAUGGGCGGCACUUCUUUGGAGUGUUAUUUGCUCUUGUUGUCUUGCCCAGUGUAUGGUUGCGUGAUCUUCGAGUGAUAUCUUACAUUUCAGCGGGUGGUGUCUUUGCAACUCUUGUGGUUUUCCUAUCUGUUGGUCUAGUCGGUGCUACUGGAAGUGUAGGAUUCCAUAUGACAGGGAAAGCAGUGAAGUGGGAUGGUAUACCCUUUGCUAUUGGGAUUUGUGGCUUUUGCUAUGCUGGGCACUCCGUAUUUCCGAAUAUAUACCAAUCGAUGUCUGAUCGCACAAAAUUCAACAAGGCACUGUACAUAUGCUUUGCAAUUUGCACAGCCAUAUAUGGUGCUAUUGCUGUUCUGGGCUAUCUCAUGUUUGGCGACAAGACUCUGUCGCAGAUAACUUUGAAUCUUCCAAAAGAUUCAUUUGCUUCAAAAGUUGCUCUGUGGACCACGGUGAUUAUUCCUUUCACAAAAUAUUCUUUGGUGAUAAACCCAUUGGCUCGGAGCAUAGAAGAGUUGCGUCCAGCAGGGUUUCUGACAGACAGAAUCUUCUCUAUUACGCUGAGGACUGCCCUUGUUGCAUCAACUGUAUGCAUUGCUUUUCUCCUGCCAUUCUUUGGUCUUGUGAUGGCUCUCAUUGGAUCUCUCCUUAGUAUACUUGUGGCGCUCAUCAUGCCCUCCCUGUGCUUCCUGAAGAUCGCGCGGAAUAAAGCGACACGCUCGCAGGUCAUCGCGAGCAUGGUCACCGUGAUGCUGGGCGCCGUCUGUGCCGUCCUGGGUACGUACAACUCGAUCGCCAAGAUUGCCGAGAACUACUGAGAAGUACGUAGCAUCCAAGAUGGGAGGCACAGGACGCGUCCGUUCUGCCAUGACCCGUACGUCGCGCCGGCACAGGGCGCCAUCGUGCCCUGUUGCCCCUGAUCUUACUGCACCGUGCACAGCGCAAACUGUGUGGUCUGUCCGUGACCCGUCCCGCCUGUGCAGGGCGCCAUCGUGCCCUGUAGGUAGGCCUGUAAUAAGAGGGAUCCUGUGUCUGUCCGUCUGUGCCUUAUCAAGACUUGGUGUUUCUCUGCUCUCCCAUGUUCCCCUGAAUCGGAAGGAAGGCCGUGGGCCGGCCCCGAGCCUCAGGCCUCGGCCUUCUGCCGGACAUUGCCUGUCCGGGUUGGGCUUUACGCCCACACCUCCUCCUCGUGUCGUGUGAACUUCAUCAUCCAAUCGGACAAAAUUCUCUGCCGAGUAAACUGCAAUAA